AUGGAAGAAAUUCAAUCAGACUCGGAUCUUACGGUCAUUGCGAAGUCCGUUAACAAUGACUUGAAUCAAAAUAAUGCAAAUCCCCUUGCGCCUGUUGAUCAGAGUAACUUUACUCCACCAUCUGGUGACAAGGAUAGAGAAAACCCAAUCACUGAACCUAGCAGAACUAGUUCCACCGACAACCUUAAUUGUUCUGUGGGCGUGGAAAGUUCUAAUACCGUUAAUGACGAUCCCAUGAGAGUGGAAAGUUUUGAUGCGGUUAAGAAUAUAUCGGAAGACGAUAAAGGUGUCUCUUCGGACAUAGAUGAUCCUCUGGACCUUUGUAACGAAAUUCCCAGUUUUUACCGCUUGCUUGAUUUGUGCAAAGACAUGGGAUCUAUCGGAUAUUCGGUUGACAAGAUUAUCAUAUCCCAAGAAUUCUUGAGAAAACUUUGCAACGAUAUGGUACCAAAUAGCUUUAAAUCAAUUUCUGAAGUUAAUUACGCCUCUUUGAAUUCGAGAUCACUUGGUCUUGUCGGAAUUUAUGGAAAUCGUGAAACUAUCGCAGAAUAUUUGCUACAAAAGAAUGCAAUCAAUAAAACAAUUCAUCAUCUACUCGUGAAAUCCCAGACGAAUGAUAAUGAGAGUUCCAAAUCAAUGAUGCCUCAUCUCAGACCUGGAGUUUAUCUUCUAGUUGAAAAUAAAUAUGGUCUUAUUAUUCAUUGGCCUGAAAAGGAUUGUUAUAGUAUUCGAGCCUCCGACCAAAAAAAGAAGAACCUAGUCAACCUUCACAGAUACCUUACGAAAUUAACAAACGUUAAUUUCUGCUUGAUGAAUGCGCAAGAUCUUAUGAACUUUGACUUUGAACUUAAUAGCAAAUACAUUGAAGAAGAAGAUGAUGACGAUCAGGUCUGCGGUGAAUACAAGGUAGAGGAAAGAAAACAAGAGGAAGAGGAUUUUAAAUUUACCGAUGGAUUCAAAAUUAAUUUCGAUAAUAGGAACUCUAAAGGAGAGUCAUCCCUGCCCUUAAGCUUUCCUCCUGCCAUGCCGAUAGAGUCAUAUAAUAAUCAAUCAUUUAUUACCUGCCGUAUGACUAAACCUGAAGAAUCAAGUAAAGAAUAUACACUGAAUGGAAAUGCCAACCAAGGAAAAUUUAUCAACCAGCUAAAAAAUUAUACUCUGAGAAUAAAUUCGUCCGUUACUAUGGAUGAAUUGAUAAAUUUAGCCGAAGUUUUGUCGAUAGGAAGCCAACUAGUGAAAACAUAUAAAGAUAAAACGGAGACGGCCCGUAAAGAUCACGAGAAAGAAAAGAACAAUAUUGAUGAUAAUAUUAAAAUCGAAUCAAAUAUCAUUUUUUCAAUGCUCGGAUAUGAACUAAGCAAAACAUAUGA